CCCCUCCAAUCAACACCCCAAGUUUCCAAUUUAAGGUUACUAUACCUUCAAUCUUAUCACAAUGGGUGCCAUUCCUGAAGUUGACCCCGAUGAGCCCGUCGAGACCAAGCCCUUCAAGUUCGUGACUGGUGGCUAUGACGCUCGUUUCCCCCAGCAGAACCAGACCAAGCACUGCUGGCAGAACUACGUCGACUACCACAAGUGUGUCACCGCCAAGGGCGAGGACUUCCGCCCAUGCCGCCAGUUCUACCACGCCUUCCGCUCUCUCUGCCCCAAGGCCUGGACUGACAGAUGGGAUGGCCAGCGCGAGGCUGGUAACUUCCCCGCUCGUCUCGACCGGUAGACGCAUUUAACUACUUUGUUCACCGUUAAUUGAAAGUUCAAAGUUGUUUUUCGUGUGUCUUGUCAACAUGUACUCUACCCUAUAAGUUGGAUCCAGCGAGAAUUGUUAGCUCUGAGCCCCUCCCCAGACUCAAUUCGGCUGGGUUGGAAGACGAGUGUAUAUAGACUCGCGUAGUUGGAAUGAUGUGUCAAACAAACCGCGCCCAUAAAGCUCAGCAUAAGCUCGUAGCCAAUAAUUUUCUUAUGAAU